AUACAAUCAUCAUAGAGGCACUUAAAGAUUUCUGCAUCCAGGAAAAGAAAAUCAUUCUAGAGGCAAAUUUCUGCAUCCAAGAAAAGAAAAUCAUUCUCAAAGAUGUUAGUUUAAAAAGAGUUUGAAAAGAACAGCCAUGGCAGCCAUAGGCCAAGAGAUAGCUCACAUGAAGAAAGGCGGUCACAUCUUCCUCCCGGACUGGGCAAGUCAACUGAAGUGGCCUGGAAAUGUGAACCAUGGAGCGCUGAGGAUGAAAGACGAGAGAACGAGCAGACCGGUCGGCCUGAGGGAGGAGGAGAUGGCUUACCUGAAGCAAGGGCAGGAAGCACUGCAGAAGGCCCUGGAGAUUGUGCAGGACCAGGCUGGAUGGAAAAGGGAAACAUCACAGGAAAAUGGGGAUGUGAUCUACAGUAAGGUUCUUCCUGGAGCUCGGAAAGUCUUCAGGCUGGAAGCUGUCUUAGACGCCUCCCCAGAAGAGCUGUACGAUCACCUGUUUGUGAAAGUUGAAGAGAUGAAUCAGUGGAAUCCAAACAUCAAGCAAAUUAAAGUGCUGAAGCAUGUUGGCAGAGACACCAUGGUUACACACGAGGUCUCUGCGGAGACAGCAGGUAAUCUGAUUGGCCAGCGGGACUUCCUGAGCGUCAGACACAGCUACAAACACGAGUCCUGCAUCUACUUAGCCGGUGGGGCCACACAGCUGGAGUCCUUCCAACCCCAAAAAGGGUUUGUGAGAGCUGAAGACGGACCAACCUGCAUAAUCAUACAGGCAGAUGGAGUCAGCUCUGACAGGAGUCGAUUCACUUGGCUUUUAAACAUGGACCUGAAGGGAUGGAUUCCGAAGUCCAUUGUUAAUCAGGCGUUGCCACGAGCGCAGACGGAGUUCACAUGGCAUCUGCGCCGGCAUCUGGCGGAGCAGUCGCAGUCCAGGCGUGCGCAAUCCCGGAGAAACGUCCUCGCCACACGUCUCUGAAAACAGCGGGAGUCCGCUUUCAUCACGAGCUGGCGCGAGAGAGAGCAGCUCGCUCCAAAGCCGAAUGAAAGCAGAUCGUUCCAAACCUCCAGGCUGCAGAACACUCUGAACAACACGCGACGACGCGUAGAUCGCCUGGCAACCCUUCCGCUGUCUGAAUGAUACACUUCUCAUAAUAUAGGAAAUAAUGUCAUGCUACACAAACCUCAGGUCUCUUAUGUUUCAGUUUCUUACGUUGCUCUGUUUACUAAUGUAUGACACUACUGUUGAUCCUGAAUUUAUUUUACUCAAAUAAAUUGUGACUUAUGUCAGUAAAAUGAGUGGCCUACAGUACAUCCUUUUAAAUAUCUUGCUAUAAAUUAUUGCUGGCAAAAUGGCAGGUGGGCUGUGUGGUUACUUUUCAUCCAUCCAUCUAUCCAUUAUUUAUACUCAUUGAUUCCUGGUCAGGGUCACAGGGGGUGUUGGAGCCUAUCACAGAGUGCAUUGGGCAAGUGGUUAUUUUCAUGAUAUUUUAAAGACAGAAUUACUCCACACAAUGUAUGUGGCUUUGCAUGCAGUAAAUGCGAUGAAAUUGUAUUUGUUUCAAAUUAAAGUUGUUAAAAUUAAAAA